GUUCUUGCUACCACCUUCAUGCUGGAGCGCCGCCUGCCCAGGUUCCUGUGGCCUCGUAUUGGCAUCCACGGUGCCAGCUACGGUCUGGGGGACAACUGGUUCCUGAGGGUGGAGGAUAGAAACGCGACGACCUCCCGCAGGAUCCUCCGCUAUGUCCGACACUUCAGGCCAUCCCCUGGGGCCCGGCUGGUGGAGGAGGACGAGGCGGAGGCGGAGGUGGAGGAGGACGAGGCGGAGGCGGAGGGCCGUCGAGGUGAGGGGCCCCAGGGGAGGAAGAGGAUCGCGCACCAGGGCUGGGAGCUGGUCAGACGCACGGCCCUGGGCCCCGGCCCCUCCGAGUCCAGGGAGAGGGUCCACCACGUCUGAGGGAGCCGAGGGAGCACGGAGGGCAGUACCCCUCGCCCGGGACCCUCGCUAUCCAGCCCCCUCCUCAUCCCCACCCUCAUAACCCACCCCCCUCCUCAUCC